UUUUGUGUUUGUUGUACAUUUCAUAGCUCGGCUUGUAACGUGGCGUCAUUCGACCUGUUCGCAAGCUGUCGGCGAUUAAACAAGACUUGACGGCUGACAUUAGCAGGAUAUCCGCGUAGCUCUGCUUUUAUUUGCGGUUUUGUACAGUCGCAACGUGGACAGUGGAGCUGAUAGGCACGCCUCGUAAAACACACCAACUGGCUAGCUUUGCAGCGCUGUUAGCUUGGGAGCGCAAUGUCAGUACCGUUAACAGAUAGCUAACUUAUUCGCAGGCAUCAGGUGAUAAACACAUUUUCCUUCGGGAGCAGUUUCCCUGAUGUCCAGUCACCUCGGCAGAUCCAGGGAGAGGAACCUGUUUGUUUUUCCCGCUGCAGGUGAAAGACAAUGGAGGUGAAAGGCAAACAGCAGGACGAAGACAUCUCAUUCAGCAACACUGACACUAAUGGUAAGCGCCCAGCUGAGGACAUGGAUGAGGAGCAGGCCUUCAAACGUUCACGCAACACAGAUGAGAUGGUGGAGCUGCGAGUGCUGCUUCAGAGCAAAAAUGCCGGUGCUGUUAUUGGAAAGGGUGGCAAGAACAUAAAAGCCCUGCGCACAGAUUACAAUGCCAGUGUAUCAGUCCCAGACAGCAGUGGCCCAGAGCGGAUCCUGAGUGUGAAUGCCAGUAUCGACACUAUUGGAGAGAUUCUGUUGAAAAUCAUACCGACUCUUGAAGAGUACCAACAUUACAGUGGGAUUGAUUUUGACUGUGAGCUUCGGCUGCUGAUCCAUCAGAGCUUGGCAGGGGGCAUCAUCGGAGUGAAAGGUGCCAAGAUAAAGGAGCUAAGAGAGAACACCCAGACCACCAUCAAGUUGUUCCAGGAGUGCUGUCCACACUCGACAGACAGAGUCGUCUUAGUUGGAGGAAAGCCAGAGCGCGUCGUUGAAUGUAUAAAAGUUAUAUUGGAGCUGGUGUCAGAGGCACCGAUCAAAGGUCGCGCCCAGCCUUAUGACCCUAACUUCUAUGAUGAGACGUACGACUACGGUGGCUUUACUAUGUUAUUUGAAGAGAGGGGCAGACGACCCAUUGGUGGCUUCCCCAUUCGUGUUCGUGGCGGUUUUGAGCGCAUGCCUCCCGUUCGUGGCAGCAGGCCCAUGCCUCCCUCCAGAAGGGAUUAUGAUGACAUGAGUCCCAGACGAGGGCCUCCGCCACCACUGAGCAGAGGACGAGGGGGAAGUCGUGCUCGUAAUCUGCCUCUGCCCCCGCCACCACCACCAAGAGGAGGAGGUGACAGGUUUUCGCAUGGCAGCUAUCAUGGUAGCAUGGAUGACAGACCAAGUGACAGAAGAGGCAGAGGAGACCGUUAUGACAGCAUGAGUGGAGGUGGAUAUGACAACAGUUCUUCCUGGGAUCACUUUCAGUCUGGUGGCAGAGGCUCGUACAGUGAUAUCGGAGGUCCAGUCAUCACAACACAAGUUACCAUCCCAAAAGAUCUGGCAGGCUCCAUCAUCGGUAAAGGCGGUCAGAGGAUCAAGCAGAUCCGCCACGAGUCUGGGGCAUCCAUCAAGAUUGAUGAACCACUAGAGGGCUCUGAGGACCGCAUCAUCACCAUCACAGGGACACAGGACCAGAUCCAGAAUGCCCAGUACUUGCUGCAGAACAGCGUGAGGCAGUACUCAGGUCGGUUCUUCUAGGAAGAAAAGAGAAGAAGCAGAAGAGUGAAGCCAUGCUGCCAUACUGUUUGUUCCUGCUAUUCAGAGCCUACAUUCCUCUGCUUUGGGUAGACAUGCCCCACACACACACACACACACACACACACACACACUCACACACACACACACACACACACACACUACACCGCCUAGCUGUGUUGCAGUUUUUAUUUUGACAAAUCUUAAGCUGUCAAACAGCAGUCAACAAGUUUUUCUGUGCUAGUGUGAUUACUUUUAAGAGAUUCUUGUGCCGUCACUGGAGUAAACCCAUCUGUGUGAUGACUUUCGGUGUUGUGAGAGCCAACCUCUGGCCCUUAUUUCUUUGAUUUCAGUACAGCAUGCAGAAUGUAAUGGUUUUGUUUGAAUCAUUAUGUUUGUUUGAUUUUUUUAUCUUUCCCUUAAAGUUUUAAGCACACUUUCCAAAUGAAGAUGCAUGGUGUUGGAAUGGUUCAAAGCCUUUUGAAUAAACUUGUUUUUACACGACCUCCAACACCUUUUUUCUCACUGUUAAAUGAAGUAAUGAAGUGCUUUCUUUCUUUUUCUUUUUUGAAUGAUGGGGUUCAGUGAGAUUGUUUGGGAAAUGAAUUUAUUUAUGUCUAUUACGCUAAACUAGAAAGCAGAGAAGAAUUGAGAUGCCAGCCUCAUGUCUGGAGGGUCAGUAUGAAGCUAGCACCACAGCCUGUUGGCUUACUCUAGCACAAAAGUGAAUGCAUGCAGCAGAAAUUCCACCCAUCAGUCCACAGAUGAACAUGCUGUAUGUUGUUGUUGUUGUUUAUUUUGUACAGAAAGAAGCUAAAAUGUACUUUUGGCCUUCCUCUCAGCACAAAUAAUAUCUGCUUGUAACCCAUCGGUGCCUAUUUCAGAAACCUUUCAGUUUAUAAUUCUCUCAUAAAACAGUUUUUUUUUUUUUUGUUGUUGUUUUUGUUUUUUUAAAUGGAUCAAACAGAAGAUUUGUGAAAAUUAUGAACUUUUGAGGUGUUUGUACUGUGGGUGUACUUUCUUAACCGUGAUGGUGCUAGCUUCAUAUUUUAACAGGCAUCACAGGCAGGAAAUGAAUAAACCUAUUUCUCCAAAUAUCUUUUUUUUUUUUUUUUUUUUUUUUUUUUUUUUGCUUUAAGUCGGGAUACUUGUGCCAGUGCGGUAUGCAUAAAGAAAGUUUUAAGAUUUUUUUUUGUGUGUGUGUGUAAUUGUCUUUCUUUGAAAGGCAAAAAGCUGUAUAAAGUGUGUAUAUAUUUACAUAAAAAAGCAGUAAUUUUAUGAGUGUUUAGAACGGCCCAGAUUACUUAAUACUUUCUUGCAAGAAGAUGGGGCCAAAAAACAACAAGAACAACAAAAAAAGACAGAUUUGGUAAUCUUUAGUUGUCUUUCCAUUAUUUCUUUUCUACCACUCACAGGGAUGGACUCGCUGAAAUCUUCCAACCUUAAGAGCUGAUCAGUUGGAUCCAUUUUAUUCUUGCAUUUUUUUUUUUAAUUAUUUUAAUUUUUGGAGAAGGAUUUUUAGAGUUCUGUGAAUUGAUCUCUUAAGAUACUUCUUUUUUUUUCUCUCUCUUUUCUUUGCAGUUUGAUGUCAAGAGAUUUGUGAGUCCACGAGUGGUGAUUUUUCUGUGUAGUACUUGCAGGUGUUUAGUAAAUAAAGUCUGUGUCACAGCCCACAA